CUACUGCAAUAAAAUUAUCAAACAUGCACAAAAGGUUUGAUGAAAAUAUCGAUAUGCAGAUUAGUAACUCUCUGCCUGAUAGAAAGAUCCUAUUUCUCCAAAAUGGAGCAGGAAAAAGUUUUUCAAAAAGGACCUCUUCAGUUAUCGAAGAUAUUGAAGAUUGUACUAAUGAAGUUAAUGAACCCGAAGCUGAUGACACUAAAAGAAAUUACAUAAUUGGUUUCAGCAUAAUGUUAACUGCAGUUCUUACUCUGACCCUGAAGCACAGUCUAAUAAAACUGAUGUCAUUCCACAGUCCGUACCUCUCAGUAUAUGACAUCAUCUUGUUCAGAGGAUGUAUCAUGGUUAUUUUUAUGACAGGAAUUAAAGUCUGAAUCACUGGUAACUUCUUCUUCUCGCUCUGAGAUAAAUCACAUAAGCAGAUUCCAAGUUUAUCGAGAGGAGCUCUGUUCUUUAUAUUCUUGAGAUGAGCUCUAGGGGUGAUAAAUUAUUCUUCAGAGAGUUAUACUGUGGCCAGGCUUCCUCUAUCAAAAUCUACGAUGAUGUUUAGUUGUAGUGCUAUUACAUGUGCAAUCUUGGCAUGGGUCUUUUUAAGAGAACGGCUGGGUCUGACCUACAUCCUUUGUCUGAUUGGCUGAACUGUGGGAGUGUACUUCUUGUCUCUUGGAAAAGAAGAUUCUCACAAGGAAGGAGGUGUUUCAGCAUAUUUAGCAGCUGUAAUAGCUAUCUGGGCAAAUGGAGCUUCUGUUGUAGCUUCACGUCAGCUUAAUCUGUACAAGGUUCAUUUUUAGCACAUUUGGAGUGUCUUUUGGUAUUCACUUUGUAGUUAUAAUGGUAGUGUGCUCUCUACUAUUUGAUGACGUAUUUCACUUCGAGAUGUACACAAAUUACGAUAUUUUCAUGCUAACGAUCCAUGGAAUUACGGGGACUGCCUUCAUGAUUAUGUACUACGUAGCAGCUCAGUACAUGCAAGCCACUUACGUAGGCCCCUUGAAGAACCUUGAGAUAAUCUUCACGAUCUUCAUCGACAUCUUCCUAUUCAACUACUCAUUCACUGGGGAAGACAUCAUCGGAAUGUCAAUCCUUGCCAUCUGUAUUGCAAUAUUACUAAUCUUAAAAUUUAUUUAG